GUUUUGAGGAAACUGUCCCUGCCUUCCACACAAGACCUAAGAGGUAUGGUAGCAAAAUACCCACACAGUUUUUAAGAUCUGGUCAGAUGUCAUCUACCAUGUGGUAGUUUUAAAUAACAGAUUAUCAGCCUUGUUUUAAAUGUUGAUAUAAAAGGACUUUUAGGUCUCAGUAAUUAAGGGCAGGACUGUCUACAGGAUUUUCUCUGAUAUCAGGUACCAUGUGCAUGCUGUGCAUGUAUUAUCAAACUUAUUUUGUUUUAACCUGAAAUAAUGCCAUGAAGUUAUUUUGAAGAAAUCGUUCAGUGGAGAGAUCAGCUUGAUCCGCCUGACUCAUAAAGCAGGAGCACCAGGUACCUGUCCUUUAGGACUGUUUGCGUCAGUCUCUAUAGUAUUAUGAUUCACAGGGAGGAGGGGGUAUUUCAACAUAAGGAUUUCUCAGGAAAUGAAACUAAAAAUAUUCUUAUAGUUGUUUGUAUGAGAGAAUCCUACAAAGUUACGAAGACACUAAAGCAGAAGAACUGCUUACUGAAACUUUACACUAAACAAACUCACCUGCUGCUGUACCCUGAGGCACAAAUGAAAACUUUAAACAAAUGAAGAUGACGCCUCUGGGUCAGAGAAAAAGCUGAUUGGAUACAACGUUCCAGAAAAACAAACUUGACUAAAUAAAACACCAGAAUUCACAAGCUGCGCUGGGAAGGAUCAUCAUAACAGUUUUAGUCUUCAAUUUAUAGCUUUGUACUAGUAAGAAAUAAAGUAAGAAAUUUUGCAGCUGAUACCUGCUGAACACUGCUUGCUAAAUACACAUCAGAAAAAUGCAGAAUUCAAAACCAACAAUAGGGAACAUUUUCGGACAUCUGGUCGAAAUGAACAAGAGCCAGCAGGAGGCACACCAUCAGCUUCAGAAGGAGAUUCGUGGAUUGGUUGAAUUGAACAAAACCCAGCUGGAGGGAAGCUGUCAGCUUCAGGAACAGAUUCGUGGAUUGGUUGAAAUGAACAAAAGUCAACAGGACAGAAACCAUCAUCUUCAGGAACAGAUUUGUGGGUUGGUUAAAAUGAACAAGAGCCAGCAGGAGGGAUUCCAUCUGCUUCAGCAACAGGUUUAUGAAAUACAAGGAACGAUAUUAAAAGCCCUGCUCCACCAACAACCUGAAAUGAGGCAUCAAGUUACAGGUGAAGAGGUUCCUGGCCUCAGCACUGGACCUUUGGAAAAUUCCACUGCUUCAGAUAAUUAUAGAAGAAGAGAAGAGUAUACAGAAUAUGUAGAAAUGGAGAUGGAAGAUAAUUGGAAUAUGUUUAAACAAGAUUCUAUGUCAGCAGUAAUUAAUAAACUUUUGGAGAAAAACAGACUUCAUGUCAUCUGUAAGAAAACAGAAGGAGUCUUCUACAAAGAUAAGAUUGCAGUAAAAGGUUCACCUUCCAUAUUUUGUAAGGGGGUGUGGGUCUUCCCUGGUGAAUUUGAAUUUUUAUCAGGAAAUGAAAAGUCAAAAAAUUGGAAGAAGAGCAUAUAUAUCAAUAUGAAAAAGCUUAAGAACCAUUUAAAUAUGUCUGAUGCAGAACUAAGCAAAUUUAGGAAGAUAACUCUCAGUGACUUGUUUAAACAAAGUGGUGUAAAACUUCCAAAUCAGAAAAUGCGUAGGCCUAAGCAUACAUUGAGACCUUAA